GCCACCGACCAGUUCUAUACACGACCCCCGUGAGCCAACGACACGCUAUGUCCUCCAACGAUGAAUACUCCGACGAGAACGUCGAAUACUACGACGACGACGAUGAUAUGCUCGACGAAGACGAGGAUGAAUCUGCCUCGGAGAUGGAGCUUGAUGCGUUCAACGACUUCAGCUCGCAAGAGCAUCCGCACCACAAGAUAUACGAGGUUGAGUACGAUUCCCUAAGCCAGACGGACAUCGAGAAGAUGAUGAAGGCGGAUAUCGACUACAUCAGCGAGAUAUGUGGGGUCGACACACCCACGGCGUCCUUGCUCUUGCGUCACUUGGACUGGAACAAGGAGAGGCUGAUCGAGAAAUAUAUGGACAACCCGACAACCGUUUCAGUUGCUGCGGGCAUCAUACCGCCCAAGAAGGCGCCAGAGCCUGCUGGGCGCUCGAACCUUUCGUCCUCGUCCUCGCGUUCUACGUCGGGCAUCCGGAAGAGCGGAAAAAGUGCAGGGACUCUUGCACUCAAGUCUGGUGCCUCUAAGAUCCUCGAACGAAUCAGCCCGCCAGUGGAAGACGCUAGGUUUGUCUGUCCAAUUUGCUUCGACGAGGAACAGACGGAGACGAUGGCGUUGUGUUGCAAUCACAAGUUCUGCAAAUCGUGUUGGAAUGCGUACGUGACCAGCAAGAUCCGCACCGAGGCCGAGUCCUGGAUCACCUGCAUGGCGGAGCGUUGCUCGAUUUCCACCCCGGAUCCGUUUGUCCAUGAAGCCUUGGGAGAGGAUGCUGAGACGUGGAAGCGUUUCCAGGAGCUGCUCGUCAGGCAGUUCGUGUCCAACAUGCACAAUUUGAAGUAUUGUCCAUAUCCGUCUUGCACUUAUACGGUGUCAUGUUCGGCGGUGCCAAACAGGUCUGUUCUUUUGAAGAUUGUACCGAUCGUGACGUGCGAAGCGGGGCACAAGUUCUGUUUUGGCUGCAACAUCGAUAGCGACCAUCGGCCGGUCAUUUGCGUCAUCGCGCGUAUGUGGUUGCAGAAGUGUCACGACGACAGCGAGACGGCGAAUUGGAUCAAGAGUAACACGAAGGAGUGCAGCAAAUGUCAGAGCACGAUCGAGAAGAAUGGUGGUUGCAACCACAUGACGUGCAAGAAAUGCAAGUAUGAGUUUUGCUGGGUGUGCAUGGGUCCUUGGUCCGAGCAUGGCUCGUCGUGGUACAACUGCAACCGAUAUGAUGAGAAGACAAGUGUCGAUGCGCGAGAUGCUCAGUCGCGAAGCCGUGCAUCCUUGGAGCGGUACCUACACUACUACAACCGCUGGGCGAACCAUGAACAGUCGAAGAAGCUGUCUGUAGAGCUGUAUGCGAAGACAGAGAAGAAGAUGGAAGAGAUGCAGAUCAUGUCCGAGCUUUCGUGGAUCGAGGUACAAUUCAUGAAGAAGGCAGUGGACGAGGUGAUCAAGUGCCGCACGACACUGAUGUGGACGUAUGGUAUGGCAUACUUCCUUGAGAAGGGCAACGAGAAGGAGCUGUUUGAGGAUAAUCAGCGUGACCUGGAACGGGCGGUUGAGGAACUGUCAGAGCUGAUCGAGUCACCGAUUGAUCCCGAGGCGAUCAAGGAGCUUCGCCAGAAGGUGACGGACAAGACGGUGUACGUGCACAAGCGCAACGAGAUCAUGCUGGAGGACACGGCCAGGGGCUUCAGGGAUGGUCGCUGGACGUGGAUCGUGCCCAUAGAAGGUUCCGACUGACUGCUCACCGUAGUCUUACGCAGAUCCGCUUCACGCAUUUCCCUGUCCACUCAGUACUCAUCCCCCAAGCCUAUGUCUCCCGUCGUCCUCCACUGAUACUGACCUGGAUUGCCAUGCUCCUUCCACUUUCGGCUCGUAUCGUGCAUAGUAAAUCCACUCUUCCCUCGAUGUUACUCGCAAGGUCUCGUUCCCCAUUGCCAUCUGAUUAAAGACACCCACUGGAUCUAAAGGCUGCAGUUCCGUUUCGUCUGUAAUGCCCGUUAAUAUAUAAGAAUUUAUGGAUGUGCGCUCGAGAU